CAUGCCUGCUGUGUGGGUGUGGAUGCUCUUGGCGGUCAUGAAUCUGACACUCGGUCAGUCCAUUAGUGACCAUGUAGAUAAUGAGGUGUCGAAACCAAUUGCAGAAUACUAUGGUAGGGCCCAGCCAGAGUCCCGCAGAUUUUCAUGUAAGAAGUGCUAUCCGUAUUUGUACCCAAAAGACAAAUACUACGUGCUGCCCAAGAGAACUGGAGAGAGAAUACGCCAUAAUGUCGUAUUCCUUGUAAAAGACCGUCGAACGGGACGGCCUGUCAGAGUGGCCUUUAGAAACGGCCUUAAAAAUAGUAGAAAUGUUCGUGUUUUAAAGGCUUUUAAUAACAACAAUGACCCAUGUCGUGCUAAACCAGGCAGAUGUGUAUAUCGCCUUUUCAAUCGGAAAACAUUUCGCACCUACAAGGCGGACUUCAGGACGGGAAGGAAGAAUGGCAAACGAGUUUCGGUUUUAAAGCUUAUCCCCUAAAUAAAAUAUAUAUAAAUUUA